AAGGAAUUUUGCAUUCAUCCAUAAACGGGAGCUUGGAAGUCCCAAAUAAAAGAUUAGAAACCAACAUGAGUCCAAGCACAGAUAUAAGUAGAACCUUCUGGUGUAAACAUCCCAGCUGAUUCCAGAUCAGCUCUAAUAAAACCCUAAUUUAUGGGCUGGUUUGUAAUCUAGUGUGUUUACACAAUCAUCAAUCACCGAUGUUGCUGAGCAGGACAGCACCGAGGCCCCGGUAGAACCUGGGCCCGGCCCGGUUCUGAUGGAACAGAUGUGGGGUUAUUAGCUGCUUAGGGCAUUAGCGCCUGCUGCUCCCCGCCCCCUCCGGGCUGGGCGUGCGACGUCGACACAGUUCUACUGUCUCUUUAAAUUUACCCAGGAGCCCCUUAAGGAGCCCCAGGGGCCCCUAGUCCGGCUCCCCGCCCAGAAGACAAGCAGGAACCUUAAAAUACAUCAGGAGAGGCCGAGGGUGCGCGCGGCGGGGGCUGUUAGCUAGCACGAGCCGGGUUUGAUUGCACCUAUGAAAAGUUAAGUUGGCUCCCGAGCAGGGCGCGUGCUGAGGUGGACUCGGGGGACCGCGGACAGCACCGGCUCCGAACGAUGGGCUCGGUGUGAAGCGGCUGUCAGACGCGCGUCGAGCCGCGCCGUGCGGACAGACGUGUUCCCGGAGUGACAAGCAUGUUGUGAGGGUGACAUGACGUCCCGGUACGGCACUGCGAGUCCGAGGCUGUGACGGAGGAAGCCGAGCAGCACCGCGGCCAGGCCCGGGAUGGAAGGAGCGGCGGAGAGCGGACCAGUGGACCUCCGCGGUUCCGACAAGGCUGGGCUGCUCUUAUUAAUAAUCGGCGGAGAGGAGGAAGCUGCGCGCAGGGGGGGCGACUUGGGAGUGGACAAUCUAGCCAACGGCCACAAUGGUGAUAAAUCAGAAUCUGGUAUGGCCACACCUGUCACGUCACCUGGCACCAGCUACUGGAGCAUUACAGAGGGGUCCGACCACCCGCCCCUCCUCUCCCUAGUGACCAGACCCGCAGAAAACAAACCUGAGGCCCAGAGGGCUUCACGUCCAAGUCUGAGCCGCAUUCCUGGCCGCGACCAUCGGCGCUACUACCACAGGUACUGGCGCAGUGAGUACCUGAUGGAUUUUGACCCCCAGCGGCAUGGCAUGAUCUGCAUGGUGUGUGGUAGCUCACUGGCCACCCUGAAGCUCAGCACCAUCAAGAGACACAUCAGGCAGAAGCACCCUUACUCUCUGCUGUGGAGCGCUGCGGACAAGGAGGUGAUUCGCUCGGGAUGGGAGAGUCACCUGAACCACGAGGGAGGUCAGAGGUCAUACAGCUCUGGUUCUGGGCCAUCACCCCACACAGAUGAUGAUCCAGCGCACUUGGGCCAGCAGACUGCAGAAUCUCCAGAUCCUGUAGCUCCACUAGAGCAGCCCCAACAAUCCCCCACUUUGUCUCCUCCUGUGGAUGGUGAAGGCUUAAAGUCCAGAGAGGAAAAGCAGGAACUUCCUGGACCAUCAGCACAGACUUUGGAGCGCUACCUUAACGACUCGCUGCACGCCUGGUUCCGCCAGGAGUUCCUGAUGGAGUAUGAAGCCGAAGCAGGCCGGCUGCUUUGUAUGGUGUGUGGAACAGAACUGCCCUCGCUUCACUUGGACCACAUCAAAAGCCACAUGCUGGACACCCACCCCAACUCCCUGGUGUACAGCUCAGAGGAGAAGCACUGCAUCCUGCAGGCCUGGGCUCAGUCCCACAACCCGUCAGAAAACCCAAUCACGUCAGAGGCCAACACCAAAGAUAAGAGGACAGAAGUACGUGGUGAAGACAUGAAGACCAUCCAGGUGAAAGCUGAGGUGUCCCCCGUUGGUGAUGUUCCUUUAACUCAGGACAUUUUUUUUAUCGGUGAGGAUGGAGUUUUCGGUGCUCCUAAGCAGCCAGCCCAGCCUCUUCGCCAGCCCAAGAGGAGGCGGCUGCGUGGGGGAGACCCAUGGCGGCUCCGCCUUGACUACCUGGUUGCCUACGGACCUCAGAAUCAGGGCACAUUCUGCAUGGUGUGCUCUCAGGUCCUGCAUGAAACCAAGGUCAGCAGUUUCCGCCGCCACAUCCAGGAGUUUCAUCCUGAGACCACGACUCUGAGCCAACAGGAACGGGAAGCAAUGGCUGCUGCCUGGACCAAAGACUACCCUUCUGACGGCAAUCGGAUUCAAGACGAAGAAAACCCAGGAGAGGGUGCUGUCCUCCAUACGACAGGGAACGCAAACCAGGACGCCUCCCCUGAUGUCCAAACUCCCAUCAAAAUAGCAAUAAAGGAUGAGGGUGUGAGUGGAGGCAAGACAGUAGCCACACCCCCUCGUCACAGCCACUAUCCUGGGAAGGACCAGAGGAGGAACUACCAGGUGCGAUGGCAGGCGGACUACCUUAUGGAUUACGACUGCAGGAGACAUGGGCUGAUUUGCAUGGUGUGUGGAGCCACUCUGGCCACGCUGAAGGUCAGCACCAUCAAGAGACACAUCCAACAGGUGCACCCACACUCUCUGCUCUAUAGCGCUGAGGAGAAGGAGCAGGCCCUGCAGAACUACAACCAGACUGCCCUGCACUACGUCCACUUUGAGGACUGCGUUUACCCCCAGGAUCACGGGCACACCGAAGGCGUUGCCAGUUCGGCGCAGCUCAGCACUUAGAAAGGGCUCCACACGUGUUCAGAGCUCUUUAUUUUGGUUUCAUUGAGUUUUUCUUGUCAUUUAUAAUUAUUUCCUCCAAAUUAAAUUAAAUCCAAACAUUGAUUAAAAUGCUUAUGGACAAACUUCAGAUGGAACAAAGUCCGAGACUCGUUAGCUUUCUACCAGUCUGGGUCACGCCGUUUCCUAAUUAUGUCUCUUUUAUUCACCACCUGUCCCCAAAGUCCCCGUAAGAGACUGAUUUAAACUCCGAUUUGACAAAUACACCUGCUUUAUUUAAAAGUUAAUUUGGAUUUUGUUUAACUUGCAGGACAUGCAAGUGUACAGAGUGUGCGUUCUGCAGACACGCUUACAGAACCUGUAAUCUGUCACGGCAAAUUGUGACUGCCCAGAGUGACGAGGGGAAACAUUCAGCAGAACUGGACCGAAAACAGUUUGGUAUCAUAAACAUUACACCACAACUCCACAGAACUGCUCACAAGCUUCUUCGACUUCAGAACUUGUUAAGUUCAUCAGAACCUUCCAGCAGGCGGCCCUCAGGGCUUAUGGUUUGGUACCACUGAUUUUGUAAGGGCUGAACCAGCGGUGACCAGCGAAUCAAAACUCUGUAAGAGACGGUGGUGCAGACCCAUAAUGCAGCCUGGCUCGGUUACAUCAUCAGGGAUACAUUUGUAAACAAGCUGGUAUUAAGGAGCUGUGGAUCCUAGCAGCAGCUGUUUGGAUCUUCGUCGGUAUAACUUCAGCAUCCAGAAUGUACGAUUGGAAGAUUCUGGCUCAGUGUCUGGUUCCAGCCCAGAAUGAAAUCUCAGCUGGUGGUUAGGGUUAGUUGUUGAACGCCCAACCGUUAAAGCUUUUAAUGACACCAUGUUGUAAAUAGAAGUGCUUAUUUCGUGCAGCCAGGGCUCAGCUCGGGUUCUAGUUUGGGUCAAACGGGCUACAGGGCGGCGCCGCCGAGUCCCGCAGGUGGUCUGUUUCAGGGCAGAACACGAAUCUUUGCAAUUUCUUACAUAAAUGCUGCACAAAUAUAAUUAUGUGUAAAUAUUUAAAGACUAAAAUAUUUUUGUUUGUAUCAGCACUUUUGGGCAUCCUGGUUUUUAAAACAAUGUCUUUGUAAUCGAGUCAUUUUCCACUUUAUCCACAAAGAAAAGCUUUCUGCAGCAGUUAGAGAACGGCGUGCCUCGCAGCAGCAUCGUUCCUGUUAUUGUUCAAAGUUUAUGCAACAAAUGGAGUUUAGUAUCUGAACAUCUGCCAUGGAAUAUUGCUCCUUCACCUGGAAAAUGUAGCUCAGGGAUUCUGCUUCAUUUGUGGUUUGUUUUCCUGCCUGCUGUAGACGAUGGAGGGUUUUCGUGUCACGGCGAGUAUCAAAGUCACGGCCAUGGCUGAAUAAAUGAAUACUCACACAAUCCUUAACCGUUUCUGAGGUUCUGCUGAUGUUUUGUUGCAGGAAGUUGUUUGUAAGGUCAGAGCAAACGCACCUAAAAGAAACGAGACCAGGGAGAAGAACCAACACCGAUAAUCAGAUUUGUUGUUGAUUUUUGAAAAUCUUUAAUAAAAUCGGCAAAAACGAGUCUGUCGUAACAGAAGGUGUUGGACGAGGAUCUAUGACACGUUGAGGUGAGGGGUCUUCCUGUCUCCAGGCGUUUAAAGUCCGACCGGCUUUAGUCAAUCACAAACCGCCUUCUGCCAGAUCGGUUGUACCUUUCUGUUGGGUGUUGACAAAAACUGUCUGAUCUAUUAUUUAUUUAGGAUAAUCACUAAUGAGGAGCUUGCUCUAUUCGUGGCAGAACCACCAUAGUAACCUCAGUCCUGACCUAAAGUACGCGGUGAGAAGGAAGUCUGAUGGCCAGCAGUUGUAGCUGCUCAUGUGAUGACAUGAUAAAUGAUCCGCACUUGUAUAGCGCCUCUCCGAGUAAGGACUCCAAAGCGCUUUACACUACAGUGUAUCAUUCAUCCAUUCACACACUGAUGGUGAUGAGCUACGAUGUAGCCACAGCUGCCCUGGGGCGCACUGACAGAGGCGAGGCUGCCGAGCACAGGCGCCAACGGUCCCUCCGACCACCACCAGCAGGCAAGGUGGGUUAAGUGUCUUGCCCAAGGACACAACAGCAGAAUUCUCUGUCCGGAGCCGGGAUCGAACCUGCAACUUUCCGAUUACUGGACAACCCGCUCAACCUGUUGAGCUACUGCUGCCCCAACCUCCACGUCUCUCCAUCCUAGGACCCUUGGUGGCCGGCUGGACCUUCUGUGUUGUAGAGGUAGGUGAUUGGCUGGUAGCUGGAUGGGUUUGCCCCUUCCUGGGGGUCUUCUGUGCUUAGGACUGUCCAGCUUUGGGUCUCUUCCAUUAGCAGCUGGUUCUUUAUCCAGAGAGCUGUCACCAUCUUUAGCCAGGACUGUACUGGAUGUUUGCCAUGUCGGGGAGGUUAGGAGCUCUCUACAAAGGGUCAUGUGAAUCAGGCCUUCACUUACGAUUAACCACUCUGCUGCUUUGUGCAGGAACAACGUUUUUAGUCUGUAGGUUCAGGUGAGAUCUGCUCUUCAUGAUCACCAUGGGCUGUUGUUCUGGUACACGAGUCGAGAUGGUCGUUGCCGAGAGCUCCCAGAGCAGGACCAUCGAUUCCGGGCCUGGAGAGCCAGUGUCCAGCACGCUUUGUUUCUCUGCUGCAACACACCUGUGCAGCAGCUUAUCGCAAGCCUGUAAUUACCUGCAGACUGAACUCAGGUGUGUUGAAGCAGGUUCGAACUAAAACCCGCUGAACUGAAAAUCCUCGAGGAUAUGAGGUUUUCACUGGUUUUUAAAAGGUUUCAUACGUUCUCUGUGUGUGUGUGUGUGUGUGUGUGUGUGUGUGUGUGUGUGUGUGUGUGUGUGUGUGUGUGUGUGUGUGUGUGUGUGUGUGUGUGUGUGUGUGUGUGUGUGUGUGUGUGUGUGUGUGUGUGUGUGAGAGAGAGAGAGAGAGAGAGAGAGAGAAAGAAAACAGAUCCAACAACCAGACCUUUCAGCUGUUUUUAUUAGUUUCACUUGGACAUCAGUACAGAGACCACAAACUUUUCUUUUUCCUGCAACAUCGCUCAAACCCUGGAACCAAACUCUUUACCCGUUAAAUCAUUUCAAAGCAAACUGAAUAAACCUCAAACGGGGAGGAAAGCAUGCUGCAUCAAGACGUCCUAUCCAUGGUUCGCACUAAAGACGGACGCCAUCUUGGCGGCGCCUGAGCAUCUUAGGAAGCUGAGCGAACAUUUAGGGGUCAGCUCAUCCUAAACAUGAAAUCUUAGCGCAGUAAAAAAGCAUGCAGGGAAAUUUGAUUCAAGUCCUUCAGAAUAAGACAACUUCUCUUAUGUGCUUCUAACCCAAGUGAGCUCCUACCAAAACCAACAUGGCAACUAUAAAUACUGCUGAUGGCGUGUCCUCUGAUACAGCAACAGCUAACGUGGAAAGUGGUGGAACGAAUACAUUGUCAACAAUAUUUAUAGGCACAAAAGUAAAAAAAAAAAAAAAAAAAAAAGGUU